UAAUUAUGAUUAAAGAUGGAACUUGAAAUCUCCUAAAUAAAACUUAGAACUCUAGUUAAAAAAGAGGGAUUUAUUGGCAAAGAUAUAGUCUUGACACAGUCUUAUACGUCCGACCAAAAGAUGUUUACUUUUUCAGGCCUGAUAUUCAGACAGUCUUUUUUUUUUUUUUAUUUCGUAAUUGGUCCAAAGAUUUAAUUAGCAACAACAUAUACGCCGCCGUUUCAGUACUCUAACCAGAAAAUCUCCCAGACUAUCCCCCACAAUCGACAAAUUAACCUAUACGCAGACACUCCAUCUGGAAAGGAAGAGCACUACAGCAAGGGCUUUUAUGUAAUUUCAUGCUAUCUUUACCGGCCCUUUCCCAACAUUUUGAGAAAACAAAAUUGCCUUUUCCAAGUCGGUCGUCCAAUUAAAAAUCCCCACUUUCCUUACUCUUCCAGGUGAUCCUUCUUCUUGCCCUUUAGCAUCUGCAAGAAUCAGCCAAAAAAAAAUUUUUUAUUUUAUUUUUUCUUUCAAUUUCAGCGUUAUUUCUGCUUUUUUUUUUUUUAAUUUAAUUGGAGCAACCCUAGUUUCCCCGACUUGGAAGACUAAUCAAAAAGUUCAACCUUGGGGAAAGCUGAUUUCCAAAACGGAGACUUUGGAUUGAACUCGUGUCAUGCAAUUCCUGAAACGACGCCGUCUUCGUUCUUAGUCAACAAAUUUUGCGGGGAUUACGUUUAUGAGCUGCAAUAACACAUCAUGACAUUAUGAUCUUAUCAUCUUGAUAUGGUAAACUUUGUAGUUAGGUGCUGAUAGUGCUUGUCGUAAAGCACUGACACUAUGGGAGAUGGCAAUAACACCUCAGGCAGGGGCAUGGCAGCCAACAACAGUACCUCAUCUGGCAACAGUGAGAAGCCGGAGUGGCUGCAGCAGUACAAUCUGCUUGGAAAGAUUGGUGAAGGUACUUAUGGUCUUGUGUUUCUUGCAAGAAUCAAGUCUCCAACAAAUCGUGGAAAAUGCAUUGCCAUAAAGAAAUUCAAGCAGUCCAAGGAUGGGGAUGGUGUCUCGCCCACUGCCAUUCGUGAAAUCAUGUUGCUUCGGGAGAUUUCACAUGAGAAUGUUGUGAAACUUGUGAAUGUGCACAUUAAUCACGCAGAUAUGUCAUUGUAUCUGGCUUUUGAUUAUGCUGAAUAUGACCUCUAUGAAAUCAUUAGGCACCACAGGGAUAAGGUUAGCCAUUCUAUCAACCAGUACACCGUUAAAUCAUUGCUCUGGCAGCUGCUUAAUGGACUGAACUAUCUCCACAGCAACUGGAUCAUACAUCGAGACCUAAAGCCAUCAAACAUAUUGGUUAUGGGUGAGGGUGAUGAACAAGGAGUUGUAAAAAUUGCUGAUUUUGGACUUGCUAGGAUUUAUCAAGCUCCCUUGAAGCCAUUAUCUGAAAAUGGUGUGGUCGUAACUAUUUGGUAUCGUGCCCCUGAGUUACUUCUUGGUGCGAAGCACUAUACAAGCGCAGUUGAUAUGUGGGCUGUCGGAUGCAUUUUUGCUGAGCUUUUGACUUUGAAGCCACUUUUCCAAGGAGCAGAAGCCAAAUCCACGCCAAAUCCUUUUCAACUUGAUCAGCUUGACAAAAUAUUUAGGAUCUUAGGCCACCCCACCCUGGAAAAGUGGCCCACGCUUGCAAAUCUUCCACAUUGGCAAUCAGAUAUGCAGCACAUUCAAACCCACAAGUAUGAAAAUGCUGGGCUUCAAAGUUUUGUUCAUCUGUCUCCCAAGAGUCCUGCAUUUGACCUCUUAUCUAAGAUGCUUGAAUAUGAUCCUCGAAAGCGUAUAACAGCAGCGCAGGCCUUAGAGCAUGAGUACUUCCGGAUUGAACCCUUACCAGGUCGCAAUGCAAUUGUACCCAACCAACCUGUUGAGAAACUAGUCAUUUAUCCUAAUCGUCCAGUGGACCAGAACACUGAUUUUGAAGGGACAACUAGCAUUCAACCAUCACAACCCGUGUCAUCUGGAAAUGCAGUUGCUGGCAACAUGGGAGGUGCUCACGCAGGGAGAAAUGGAUCUGUCAAUCGGCCUAUGCCACCUCCUUCCAUGCAAAGAAUGCCUCAGGCCAUGAUGCCGUAUAAUUUCCCGUCUCAGGCUGGAGUGGCCGGUGGAAUGAAUCCAGGAGGUAUGCCAAUGCAGCGGAACCUUGCUGCCCAAGCCCAUCAGCAGCAACAGUUGAGAAGGAAAGAUCCAGGAAUGGGCAUGACGGGAUACCCUUCGCAACAAAAAUCAAGACGCUUGUAAGAAUUUAACGUCUAAUCUGUUGAUCAACUAAAUGUAAUUGAACACAAUGUUGUAUUCUUUCAAUUUCAGUAUAAUAUCAAACUUAUUUCAUGGAAUUUAUAACCCAUCGACUUACGAGAUCUAUAAAUUUAUUAAUGUGAGCUCUUUGCCUGUUCUUGAUGAACAUUUGCUAUGCAGCAAGUAUUUAUAUGUUGCCCUCUUUUGAUUGAGGAAUCUUGAAUUUAAUUCUUUGAAAGUUAUCGAAGAUUAGGUGCACGGUGAGUCUUUCGAUCCAUCAGAGGCCUCCAAAACUAAAACGUUACAGUCCUCAAACCAUUUGACAUUUUGUUGUUACGCGGGAAAACAUCUUUAGUUGAGGUUCUUUUUACGAGGUUUCAAUGAAGUAGGGUUAGAAGAAUCAUGAAUGGAGUUUCUGUUCCAGUGUUGGUAAUCCUUGACCUUCAAGACGUUAAUGGAUAAAAAACAGACUUAUG